UAAAAUAGGAAAAUGGAUACAAAAAGGGAUGCUUAGUCUAUACACUGGUACAAAGAAAAAAAAUGAAAACCUAAAAUAAAUAUUAUAAGUAAUUGUUUGAGGUGACCUAUAUCAAAGGUGAACUUAAUAGGAAAGGACACUAAUCUGACUUUGAGGCAUGGGCGUUAAAGAAUAAAUGACCUGAUGAAUUUGAUUAAGACUGACAUAGAGGUCAAAGAAAUGUGAAGCAAGAACACAAAAGCAAGAGACUGCAACAGAUUUCAUGCAGUCGUACUAGCCUUCCUCGUCUACUGGGACUGAAACAUAAGCUGAUUAUAGUUUCCUAAAUCAGCAAAAAACUAAGUGUUGCCUGUAUAAAGGAAAGGCCUUCAGGGGUCUCACCUUUAUGCAAUAAAAAACAGGGUGAGAAAAGCAGUAAGGGAAACCUAGGAAGAAAGAGACGACUUUGUUGAUUACCAAUACAAUCAAAUAAAGGAAGCCCGUUUCUGGCUUCGUCAAUCUGUGAUUGUACACUUUUUGCCGUUUAUUUCAUACAGAUCUAGUGCAAAAUGGAAACAGACUCGGUGACUUGCCCUCAGAAAUCUGAAUCCCAGGAUGAAUGCAGUAGUGAAGCAGGAAAAGUCAGCUUUACUGAAGAUAUGGAAACUGCAAUAAUAGAAGAUCACAUGAAGGAAAAGAAAGACACAGACCUCCAAGACUUUAACAAGAAGGACACAGAAGCUAUUACUGGGUUCGAACAAAUGGAAAAACCUGACAGCAGUUUCCAUCCUCAACCUAACGCUCAUCCCACCUCCUCACCAGCAGAUGGAGCCGUUGAGCCAACAAGGGAAGACUUGAGCAGUACAGUUGAAAAUGACCUGGAUGGUGACCAGGGUCAAGAGUGGCCACCGGUGCCAGGACUGGAAAAAGAUAUCCAACCAGAGAAGAAUGAGUGUCAAGCCGCUGAGAUUCAGGAUGAGGUGAAGGAAAACACUGAAACCAAUGUUCAGGCAUCUGUGCAAGACACUGAGGGUGAAGAACCUGUUACCAUGACACAGGCAGACAAAGGCACUGACUCUCCACAAGUGCCAAAGUUGACCAAAGAAGAAGAGGGACAUGAGCUUGAGUCACAUGGUGACUCCGACUCAAUUGUGUUCCUUUCAGAAAACAGUGAAGAGCUAAAUAUAGACUGCAAACCUUUGGAUUUCCCCACCACCAGAGAGCAGUGGGUGAGACGGGACAGUCGUUGCGAUGAACCGCCAAAUCUGUCGUAUUCCAAAAGCUCUUCAAAAAGUCUUCUCACUGAGACCAAACCUUCAAGCAUCCAAAGUACAUCCAUAACUGAAUCUGGGGUUAAUGCAGAGAACGUCCAGCAGGGGGAGCUUGAGGUAAACAACCCAAGUGGUAUGAUUGAGAAUGAGUUGGUACAACAGGUGUUUGGUGCUGCUCCACCCCUAGAAACAGUUCCAGGCGAGCCAGCCAAUCCAGAGCCAGGUAACUCUGCCUGUAUCUCUACGGAAGUAAAAGAGUCAUUGAUUAUGUCACACGGGAGGAGGGACAGUGCAAGGGACGAGAGAGAGUGUAGUGAAACAGGUGAAGAGCGAAAGCAAACAGUGCGUUUCACAGAAACAGGUGGGACCGGAGGAAAGCAGCUGGAGGAGGUUAAAGAUCAAAGACAGGAACGGGAAAACAAAGGACAGAGUGCAGAGUCCCAGUCAAACACAAAGCCUCAUCCCGGAGAAGGGAAAGUCAAGAGAAAGCAGAUGGAUCAUUUUGAUGACAGCCAGAGCGAUAGCGGUGUCUCAGCAGAUUUCUCCCCCAACAGCACAACAGAUGUCUCGGAGGGCCUUGUUAAAACUGAUGCUCCUCAGCCCUUUGAAUCCCCACUUAACGAAACUCCCAUUGAGCGGGAAAUCCGUUUGGCUGUAAAGAGAGAGCAGAGUCUACGUCGUUCUCGAGGACUAUGUGACGCAACUGACAAGUCUAAUGAGUUUGUGGAAAUUCCAUUGAGGAGACCUAUUCUAUCCCAGGACCUCCAUAUAAGACCUAUCUCAGGCCUUGACAAGGACCGGCAGUUUGCUGGAAAAAAGAUGCAGAAGGAAAUCAGCGCAGAGACAGAGAGGGAGAAGGUUCUGGUUGAACUGGGCAGACUACCUGGCUUCUAUGACAAGGGAACAGAGGUACAGCUUCAAGAAAAAAAGUUGCUCUUCGAGUCAUUUCAAGAACCGAAAGAAUCAAUGGCUGCCUUUAGCAGAAGAUCUGCCACAAACUCCACUUACGUAGAGUCUGCUGCUGGAAUACAGGAAGGUGAUUCUGCCGUUAGACAACGCCUAAUGCAAUUCUCACAAAAUUCUGCCACCCCACCAGUCAUGGCCCAGUAUGGAGGCACCAACAGCAACCCGCCUGCUACUCGAGGACCUGGUCUAACUGAGGGAAUCACGGGCCAGAUAAUCAUAAUAGAGGCCAAUUCUAUUCCCACAACUCUGGGAGGACCAAACGGGGGUUAUAAGACAGCCUCACGGACAGAUGGAGGAUCCGUAAAAGUGAUGAAUCAUGUGGGUGUGAGGGCUUCUUCUGCAGAGCCUGUUAGUGCAAGACAAAGACCAAAUUUAGAAGUGAUUGAAGAUGAAGACUCAAGUGUAGUAAAGGAGAACCCUUUCUUCAAGCUCCGCUCCUCUAUGACUCUGCAGCCUCAGGUGGAGCUGGACAUUAAGGAGGCAAAGGAAAGGGAAAGAGAACUACAGAGACAGAGAAACAGUCUUUAUGGAGGUGCAUCCAUAGAUCUGGAAGAAGAAAAGGGAACAAGAAUGGAUCUGAGGACAGAAAGUGGGGUGAAAGACAAAGAGAUUCUUAGUUCAACACCUCCAUGGACAAAUCUGACUCCAACAGGCCGCCAAUCAGAGAUGUUAACCUCCACUACAUCAGUGCGACAAUCCACUGGAAAACUGGGCCUAACAUGGCCACCACCUCAAGCUGAUGAAGAACAAAGACAACUGCCAGAGUUAAUUUCAUUGCAUGUAAAAGAACAGUCAAGACAUUCUUCCAAAUAUCUCCUUCAUGGAGACAAAAUGUCAGAUGGGUUUAAAACAACACAAGGAAAACACUAAAGAUCCCAAGGCAGCGAAAUCCGUUACUUGAACGAUGGGAGUCAGGGAUGGUGAACGGCCAAGUGGAAGACAACAACUGAGACUGAACCCCAACUACAGCAUCCUGGCAUAAACAACACGAACCGCCCAGACAACCGAGUGCGCCUGCAUAAAAUAAAGCAUAUGAAC